AUGGUAAAAAAAAAAGAACUAGUUCAAUACGAUGCUCUAAGUAUUGCUAAAUAUUUGCUUUCAUUAGAUAAAAAGAGGGAAUAUUUUGUAACCGGUAAAAUGCCAAAAAUAAGUGGGAUUGCUAUUCCUACUAUCGGUAACUUUCGGUUAAAUAAAUUAUUACAUAUCUCCCAAAUUCUUUAUUGUGCCAAAGAAGGAAAAUAUUUGUUUACUGACCCACUGAUGGCUUUUGAACACGGAGGAGUGGUUUAUGAAAUUUAUCGGCAAUUCCAUUUUUUGGUUAAGCAACCUGAUGAUAAAGUUAGUCAUCUUACUCCUUCAAUAAAAAGUUUUUUGGAUAAAAUUUUUCAUUACUUCUAUAAGUAUCGUAAUGAAGAGUUAGAAAAAUUUACUCAUUCUGAUCCAGCUUGA